AGUCCGUAGUCACUUAUGUGGAUCGUAGUGUGUCUUCUUCCCUCUUCCGCAAACUUGUAUGCCAGGCCAGGCCAGUUGUGCUCUCAUACCGAAGACAGCCAAACAUCGGACAACAGGCAGGGCCACAGACUAGUCCAAGACAACCCUUCUCAACUUGCAACCUGCAAUACCUCUAAUUUCUUAGAAUACCAACCAAUGUGCUUGUGGCUGUCUAUUGCUCGCCAUACAGUGCAACUGGAAGUCAACCGGCCGAAUCUGACCCAGCCUGUCGCAAGAUACUGAUUCAACUAUCCUCCGAGCGACCCGGCACUUCUUACGAGUCUAAGCCCAUUGAAGCUGAG